AUGCCUCCUCCCGUCCAGCUGGGCGUGACCGCUAUCAGCAAGCCUACCGUAGGCAGAAAUGGCUACCAGGGAUUUAACCCCCACUCCGAGGUCCUUCCAAAAGGCUGGAAUGAUCACAACGCGCGUCCAUUGCCUUCCGAUAUCCUCGUCGAUCAUGAUGUUGGCAUCAAAGUGCGUGACGGCUGCACCCUCUAUUGUGAUGUCUACCGGCCCCCAACUUCAGGCCCCGAUGAGAAAGUGCCAGCAAUUAUAGCAUGGAGCCCGUUCGGCAAAAAGCUCAAUGGCAUUACGGUGAUGAAGACGCUUCCCUGGGGGAUUGGUAUUCCUCCGGACACGACGAGUGGUCUUGAACGCUUUGAGGGUCCUGACCCGGCCGAGUACGUCCCUCAAGGCUACGCUAUCGUCAACGUUGAUGCUCGCGGAGCUGGUGACUCCGAAGGGUCUGUUGUUAUCAUGGGCACUCAGGAAGGGGAAGACGGCUAUGAUGUGAUCGAGGGGAUCGCAAAGCUACCCUGGUGUUCUGGUAACGUUGGUCUGGCUGGUAACUCCCACCUCGGCAUUGUUCAAUGGUUCAUUGCCGCCUUGAGUCCACCUUCCCUAAAGGCGAUUGCUCCCUGGGAAGCUGCCGGAGACCUCUACCGAGAGCAAUUCGCUCGGGGUGGUGUCUGGGACAGUGCUUUGUUCGACAACAUUACUCAGAAUGUUAUUCACGGGUACAAUGGACUCGAGCAUUUCGCCGAAAUGUAUCGACGGAGCCCCCUCCAGAAUGCCUACUGGAAGGACAAGCGUGCCAACAUCAAGAAUGUUAACAUACCAACCUACAUUGUGGCGUCUUAUUCUACUUUUGUACACACAAUGGGCUCAAUACGCGGUUGGCUAGAUGUUGACACCAAGGACAAGUGGCUGCGAUGGGACCCCUACCAGGAAUGGUUCGAUCUGUGGGCCGACAAGGAGUCUCGUGAUGAACUGGCAGCUUUCUUCGAUAAAUUCCUCAAGGGCAAGGACAACGGAUUUGAGAAAGUACCUCGGGUCCGUCUGGCCCUCCUCCGGUUCGGUGAUAAUGACCCAAUAUACCCUAUUGUGGAGGAGGACUACCCAAUUCCGCGGACGAAGUAUACCGACUUCUUCCUAGGCCCUAACGGAAAACUCUCUCUGAAAGCGCCGAGCGAAACACAGUCUGUAUCGUACUGGUCGGAAAUCAGGAACGACACAUUCGAGAAAGUUUCAUUCACAUACACAUUUGCUGCGAACACGAGACUCGCAGGAAUGCCAAAAGCGGUCCUCUAUAUGUCUACCAAUGAUUGGGAUGACAUGAAUAUCUACGUCCUCAUACGGAAGCUGGAUCGCAACGGAAAGGCAUUGCUCAAUUUGAACAUCCCCUGGAGCCACGCCCCGACCAAGUCAUUUGACGGGGUGGACCCCAAAGAUUACCACAAUCUCUUGUUCUAUUUUGGCCCGCUUGGCAUCCUCAGAGCGUCCCGUCGCCAUAUUGACCCUACUAUGAGCAUACAUGACCAAUACCCAUUCCACACACACGACCGAGAGGAGAAGCUUAGCAAGGGGGAGAUUGUCGAGAUUCAGAUUGGGUUGUGGGCCAUGGGUAUUGAAUACGAGGCCGGAGAGAGCCUCAGUUUCGAAGUCCAGGGACAGUACCCCCUCUUCAAAAAUUAUGCGGCCGGGGAGAAGCCUAAACCAAUUGCUGGAGAGGACAAUGUCGGGAGCCAUAUUCUCCAUUUUGGCGGACAGUACCCCAGUCGCGUCAUCCUCCCAGUGAUCUGA